AUGUGCAAGGUAACGAAAUUCGCCUUCCCCUUCUUGGCCGUCUUGGGCCUCUGCGCCCUCAUCGCAGCGUGGGCCAUCAACAUGUCCCUUGGUGGCCUACACGCCCUCCACGUCUGGGCCUGCGACAACAUCCUUCCCAGCAGCGGACUCUUCUUCAGCGACUGGUGCUCUAGCACCGCCACCAACAACAUCAACCCAGCUCCCCAUCCUCCUCCUCCUCCUCCUCCUCCUCCUCCUCCUCCUCCUCCUCCUCCUCCUCCUCGCGGUCGUGGUCGUCCUCUUCCAGCAGGCACAAUGACGCGAAUCCCGUCCUCCUCUGCCUGGAACCAACUGACACCCGCAGAGUCGUCCCUACUCCAGAAGCCAGACCGCCAUUUCUGUGUUUUCGACUUUGGCGACCUGCUUGGAGGCAUGGCCGACGAGCAGCAGACGUACAUGAUGGACCGACAGCGGGAGGCAUUUGCCGCCAUGCGCAAGGCCAGUUCUAUUGUAGGGCAGCUGCAGGAGACUGGACGCAGACAGGCGCGCAUUGUAGAGCGCGCCCAGGAUAAGAUAAUAGGUCUAGUAGCUGUAGUGGAUGACGCUGCUGCCCUAUUGCCUACGCAUUAUCUUCCUCAUCCUCCUCCUCAUCCUCCUUCUCCUCCUACGCCCCCUCCGCUACUGGCCUGGUUCAGCCCUAGUUGGCUUUGGAGUCUGUUUGCUGAGACGGACCCUACUUUACCACCGCCGCCACCACCACCAACACCACCGCCAGUGUCUCUCAGUCUCGAGGGGCCCAUCUAG